AUGGGCAUCACGGGCGCACAAUGGACGCAGCUGGCUUCGGCAGACCGCCUUCGUCGAUCCUCGCAGGCGGUCUCUGUUGUCGGCCCCAACAUCUACGUUUUCGGUGGCGAAUUGGCUCCAAGAAAGCCUGUUGAUAACUUGUUCGACAUCUUGGACGUCAAGCAGCCUGCGCUGAAGACGGUGGAAGCCAGUUCAGGCACGGCACCUUGCCCCCGUGUCGGCAGCCCAAGCGCCACCAUCGGGCAAAAAAUCUACCUCUUCUCAGGACGCGGAGGCCUUGAAAUGCACCCUGUCGAGGAGGACGGGGCAUUGUGGGAAUACAACACGACGGAAAACUCUUGGCAGCUCAUCAAGCCGACAGAUCCCCAGGCUCCCUUUCCCGUUGGUAGGAGCUACCAUGCGAUCACAUCAGACGGCAACAGAACGAUCUACGUCCAUGCUGGGUGUCCUGAGACGGGCAGGCUCUCGGACAUGUGGGCGUUUGAUGUGCAGGAGAAGAGCUGGCGCGAGUUGGCUUCUGCCCCGGAGCCUGCGAGAGGCGGUACUUCAAUCGCCCAUGUCGGAGGCAAAAUAUAUCGUGUGGGAGGAUUUGAUGGCAAGACCGAGCAGGGGGGUGCUCUCGAUAUCCUGGAUGUUGGUCAAAACAAGUGGUCUUCGGUCAAUUACAUCGCAGACAAUGCCCAAGGCCCCGAACCGAGGAGUGUCGCGGCACUGCUGGCACUAGAGUCCAAGUACCUCAUCUCCCUGUUCGGCGAGCGCGAUCCGAGCUCUCUUGGUCACGCAGGCGCGGGCAAGAUGCUGGGCGACGUGUGGGCCUGGGACAUUGAGGGGGCCACCUGGCAGAAGAUCGAGCCUUCAAUCGCCGGAGAUGCGCCUGCAGCUCGAGGGUGGUUCGACGCCGAUGUCUCCCUGAAUGAAGGAGAGGCUCCCACAAUUCAAUGCACGAUUCCUGUUCCAAAAGCGCCUUGCGAGUGGUGCAAGCAUCGCAACGUGCCUUGCACUUUCACCAGGGAGAAGAAGAGAAAGUCGGCCAUCUCAGGUGAAGAUGCGCACGCGUUGUUGCGCCGAAUUAGUCACCUUGAAGAACAGCUCACGCAAAGAUCUUUGCCAGAUCAACAUCAUGCAACUCAACCAUCACCAGAGCCCAUAGAUGCCAGCUCUUGUCCUGCUUCAACCGGAGUCAGGGAGCCUCCUGCCGGUCUUGCCGCGCCCACCGCCCCUGAGCAAGCGCAGAUAUUAGACCUGCCGUCAACUGCUGCUAUCUCCCCAAACCCAAGCUUCUUCUCCUCCAGCACCAGUUGGAACUCUUUCAAUGCUGAUGAAAAGUACAAUGGAGUGAACUGGUACUUCAGAGGCAUCCCGAUUGUGUCAGAAACUGGUCAAAGAUGGAUCUCUUCAAGAACAGGUCAACAUGGUGCACUGCCCAAACUCUUCCUCCUCACCUUGAAGUCCGACGUCGUCCUAUCCGACACGUCAAGGCCGUCUUCCGAGAUCUGCCAAAGGUCUAUUGGUAGCUUCCCAGACGUGCUAUUAACGCAUGUGGCUCUCGAUCUUUUCCUCAAAUCAAGAUCCCGAUUCAUUUUCAAUGUCGUUGAUCCCGUCUUGUUCAUGGACACAAUACGCAUGGCGCACACCCUCGAGUGCAAUGAAUCUUCUAUGGAAGCACGAAUCUCUAGCCAGGCAUGCGUUUGGGCUCUGCUUGCUGUCACAGCUCGAUCAAACGCAAUCAGAGACGAUCCCGCCGUUGAGGAGGGCCAGACGUCUGCUCGCAAAGCAGAGGCAGCUUUGGCGCUUGUCGCAGAAAGCCCAAGCCUUGACAGCCUGCAGGCACAUCUAAUGCUGCAAAUGUUUCGAAUAUCGAGGGGGUAUUGGGAGAAGGCUAGCAUGUUACAUUCACUGCUCUGUCGUAUGGUAUGUGAUUUGGGAGGACACCUCCCUCCACCAAUAAUGGCCAUGUCUGCCGAGGACCUUCCAGCCGAUCGCGCCCGCCGCCAUAUCAGAGCUCUGUUUUGGGUGUGCUAUGCGCUCGACAAGGACAUCGCACUACGCUCUGGAAAGCCGCCUCUUCUCGUGGGCGAUUAUUGUGACAUGACGCUGCCACAGAGGGACGACGAAACUAAUUCAGGGCAACACACAGCCAGUAUUCACUCGCUUCGACUCAGUAUCUUUAAGGAACAGGUCUAUCGCUUCCUCUACGCCCCCGGAGCCUUUGGCAUCCCGGACUCUCAGCAUUUGCUCCGGCUACGCCACCUGGAUGACGAACUCGAAAAUUGGCGUCUAUCUAUCCCUCCAGACAUGAGGCCCACGCUUGCCCAUCCGCCCGAACCAGCUGCCAUCACAGCUGACGCCAGCCCUCCCAAGAUCCUUCAACGUAUAAAUCUUCAGUUGGAAUAUCGAUAUAUCUUGACCUUGAUACAUGCGACAGUCCGGAGAUGUGGCGCUGCUCUAGUCGAGCGGGCAGAGAUGCCAGAAGACUUGCACAGCGUGGCCCACUCGACUGGACGUUCAACAAUCAUCAUUUUGAAGGAACCAAUCCAUAGACUGGGGGAAGAAUCUUUCUGGCACAUCGCCUUUUAUGCGCCCAUAGCCGCCAUGUCCUUGUUCGUCAACAUCCUCAUCCAUCCGCUGGGCGAAGGCGCCGACUCCGAUCUUGAACAUCUCACAACGGCCGUGGGAGUUAUCCGUAGCAUACCACUGGGCAACCUCUCCGCAGACGAGAUUGACUACGUGCAGGCCAUGUGUGAUUUCAUGAUGGAGCUCAUUCGGCUCGGCAACUGCGCCAUUUGGAAGGCCAAGAAGGAUGGGAGGUCUCGGUGUACUUGA